GAAAGUUGAAGUCAAAAAACUUGGCUGUUAAAUCUUAUUUUCUUUUUUUAAUUUCCACACCAAGCACACAUUCAUAAACACCAAAACUAUGGCUGCUGCUGCUUAUUCUUCUUCACAUUUCCAACUUCAAAUGGCUAACAAAACAAUUCUAUAUUGCCUCUUCUUUUUAGCCUUCAUUUUUACCUCAACUUCAGCAGCAACAAUAACAGAAGCACAAGAACUUAUCAGGUGGAAAAACUCAUUAUCUGAACCUAAUCCUCUCUCCUCCUGGAAUAUUUCCAAUGCCCAAAAUGUCUGUAAUUGGACUGGAAUUAUUUGUGACAAUUCAGAUUCUCUCUCAAACAUUAAUUUGACCAAUCAGGGUCUUACUGGUAAUUUAACCACCUUCAAUUUCAGUGUUUUUACAAAUCUCACAAGUUUAAUUCUUCAAAACAACAUUCUUGAAGGUCAAAUCCCACCAAGUAUUGGUAAUCUUUCUAAUCUUAAUCAUUUAGACCUUAGUAUAAAUUAUUUUGAUGGGUUUAUUCCUCCUGAAAUUAGUCAGUUGUCACAGCUUGUUUAUCUUAAUCUUAAUAAUAAUAGCAUAGGUGACAGCAUUCCUGUUGAAAUUAGCAACUUGGAGAGAUUAAGGUUUUUAGAUAUUGGGUCAAAUUUCCUUGAAUCACCUGAUUGGUCUAUGUUUAAUGACAUGCCUUUGUUAACCAACUUGAGUUUUGGGUUGAAUGAGCUAAGUGGUGAGUUUCCUAGGUUCAUUUUAAGGUGCAGGAAUUUGACUUAUCUUGAUUUGUCAAUUAAUCAUUUUAGUGGGUUAAUCCCAGAAUCACUUUUUAGUAAUCUUCUUAAUCUUGAGUAUCUUCAUCUUGGUUCUAAUGAAUUCAAUGGUUCAAUAUCACCCAAUAUUUCUAGGCUCUCAAAUUUAACUGAACUUCAUCUGGCUGAGAACCGAUUUUCCGGUUCGAUUCCAGAGAGUAUUAGUUUGAUUUCUUCCCUCAGAGUUGUUGAGUUGUUUAGUAAUUCUCUGUCUGGAGGUAUUCCUUCAUCCAUAGGCCGACUGAGGAGCCUCGAGUGGUUCGAUAUUCGAAUGAAUAGAUUGAAUUCUAGUAUUCCUAGUGAGCUUGGGUUAUGUACCAACCUUACUUAUUUUGCUGCUGCUAUAAAUUCACUCACUGGGGAGUUGCCCUUGUCUUUGAGCAGUCUUAGGAGUAUAACAAGAUUUGCAGUAUCUGAAAACAAUUUGUUUGGUGAGAUCUCCCCAAAUUUCCUCAGCAAUUGGACUGAGUUGAUUUCCCUGCAAUUGCAGAAUAAUAAUUUCAGUGGGAAUAUCUCACCAGAAAUAGGCCAACUGUCAAAACUUCAGAUUCUUUAUCUUUUCAAUAACAGUUUUACUGGUACUAUACCCUUAGAGAUUGGGAACCUGAAUGACCUGAGGGAGCUUGAUCUUUCAUCAAACCGACUUUCUGGACCAAUUCCUUCAACCAUUGGGAACUUGAGCAACCUUGAAAUCAUACAGCUGUUCACGAACAAUCUCACUGAAAGAAUCCCACCCGAGAUUGGAAAUCUCACAUCGUUGAGAAUUCUUGAUCUCAAUACUAAUCAGCUGCAGGGAGAGUUACCCGAGACUUUAUCAAACCUUACCAACCUAGAAAUAAUCUCUGUUUUCACCAAUGAUCUCUCUGGGACAAUCCCGCAAACUUUUGGUGAAAAUAUCCCUCAUCUUACCAAUGUUAGCUUUUCAAACAACUCUUUCUCUGGGGAAUUGCCUCCCAGGUUGUGCAGUGGAUUCAAUCUUAUGCUCCUGACAGUCAAUGGCAACAAUUUCAGUGGGAAUGUUCCUGAUUGUUUGAGAAACUGCUCAGGAUUAGUCAGAGUCCGCAUGGAAGGAAAUCAGUUCAAUGGGAAUCUAUCGGAUGCAUUCGAUUUGCACCCAAAUCUCACUUUUAUCAGUCUGACUGGGAAUCAGUUUGCUGGUGAAAUCUCACCCAGUUGGGGAGAAUGUGGUAAUCUGACUAACUUUCAGUUAGACAGAAACCAACUAUCAGGAGAAAUACCAGCUGAGCUUGGGAAGCUGCAAAAUUUGCGUGUUCUAAGUCUUGGUUCGAAUGAACUCAGAGGGAUCGUUCCUACUGAACUAGGAGAUUUGAGCUUGUUGAUCAUCCUUGACAUAAGCAGGAAUCACUUGACAGGAGAUAUUCCGGAAAGCAUAGGCAAUAUGCAGUCUCUUAACUAUCUCGACUUGUCAGCCAACAAUCUGUCAGGAGAAAUUCCUCGAGAACUAGGGGAUUGUGCCAAUGUACUGAGCAUGAACUUGAGUCACAAUGGAUUAUCAGGAAACAUGCCAGAAGAGCUCGGAAACUUGGAUAAUAUACAAGUUCUAUUGGAUUUAAGCAGCAACUCUCUUUCUGGUCGAAUCCCUCAAGACUUUGACAAGCUCAGAUCCUUGGAGAGCCUCAAUUUAUCUCAUAAUUCUCUCUCAGGGGAGAUCCCACCAUCACUGACGAAUAUGAUCAGCAUACAGUCCUUUGAUCUAUCCUACAAUAAUUUGUCAGGUUCAGUCCCUAGUGGCAUUGUUUUCCAACAUGGGCUGUACAUGGGAAAUUCUGGCCUUUGCGGAAAUGCAACUGGAAUACUCAUUUGUGAUCGUAACAAUUCUCGCACUAAUCACAGAAAAGUUAUUAUUGCUGUUGUGGUACCGAUUGCCUCCCUUCUCCUUCUAUGCGUAAUUGCUGCAGUUUUAUGUUGCAGAAAGAAAAAUCAGCAAGAUUUGGAGAGCAAAAAUUUCUCAGAAACGAGUGAAUCAGAGUCUUUGAUAUGGGGGACAGAAGGGAAAUUUACCUUCAGGGAGAUUGUUAAGGCCACUGAUGAUUUCAGUGAUUUCUAUUGCAUUGGGAAAGGCGGUUUUGGUAGUGUAUAUAGGGCAUCUUUGUUGUCAGGUCACGUAGUUGCCGUCAAGAAGCUUAAAGUAUCAGAUUCUAGCGACAUUCCUUCAGCAAAUAAACAAAGUUUCGAGAACGAGAUAAGGGCACUGACUGAGGUUAGACACCGGAAUAUAAUUAAGUUAUAUGGUUAUUGCUCCAAAAACGGGUCUAUGUAUUUGGUCUAUGACUAUGUGGAAAGGGGCAGUUUGGGGGAUGUGUUGCACAGUGAAGAAGCCAAAGUGGAACUAGGGUGGGAAAGACGAGUGAAUAUCGUAAGAGGGUUAGCUCAUGCAGUCGCUUACUUGCACCAUGAUUGCACUCCACCUAUUGUUCAUCGUGACAUCUCCAUUAACAAUGUCUUGCUUGAUUCUGAAUUUGAGCCUCGACUUUCAGAUUUUGGCACAGCAAAGUUUCUCAGCUCAGAUGCAUCUAGCUGGACCACAGUUGCUGGUUCUUAUGGAUAUAUGGCCCCUGAGUUGGCUCUGACAAUGAGAGUGACAGAAAAGUGUGAUGUUUAUAGCUAUGGAGUGGUGGCAUUGGAGGUUAUGAUGGGGAAACAUCCAGGGGACCUUCUGACCUCGUUGUCUUCUGUCGCUGAGAAGCGAGAUGCACUACUAAAAGACAUUUUAGAUCAACAUCUCUCACCACCUAAAGGGCAUAUAAGCGAGGAAGUGGUUGUGGCAGUCACAUUAGCUUUGUUAUGCACUAGCACAGAACCAGAUCGGCGGCCUACAAUGCGUUAUGUGGCACAAGAAUUGUCUGCUCAAACACACAAUUACCUCUCUGAGCCUUUUGACACUGUUACACUCGGCAAACUGAAUGGUACAGUCUAAGAUGAAAGCUAAAUAGUCAGCAAUCUGGGGAAAGAACUGCAAAUCUCUCUUCUACAAGGUGAAUUGUUGUUACAUGAACACUCGGUUUCACUGAGAAAAAGAACAAGAAUUAUGUAUAUAGUUAGGCAGCAUUAUUUAUAUUUUUUAUCUGUAAAUUUCUGUUUUUCAUCAUGAUGAUAUUUUAUGUCCUCUCCCUUUUUCGCAAAUCUGAUCAGAGUCUCAGAAGUUUUAAGAUUGAAAGUAGUAUUGCACCCAAGGGAUUUAUAAAUGUCAUAUUAUUGAUCCUUUGUGAAAUUUUAUGUGAUCUUACCAAGUGAUGCAGGCAGUGGCGGAUCUUGAAAGAUUUGCUAUAGGGGCUAGAUUUCUCCACAAUAACAUUAAGGGUUAAUUGGCUAAAACAGCACCAACUUUGGACCAAGUGCAAGAAAUAGCACAACUUUAAACGGGUGCAAAGCGUAGCACCAACUUAAUAAUGGGGUGCAGGAAAUAGCAUAAAUGAUGCCGGAGAACGGAGAUUCCACCGGAAUUAGGGAAUCUCUAUUAUUUUAAUGUUUUUGUUAAUUCCCUCCCCUUUUUUUAGUAAGUCACGUGUUCUCCUUGUUUUUCCCUCUUCUUCUUUAACUUCCAACUCCAUUUUCAAUCCCCUUUUCUCAAUUAUCAGAAACCCUAAAUUCCCAAUCUCAUUUAACAAAAAUCCCCGAUUCUCUCUCUUCUCUUCUUCUUUAACUGUCAACCUUCAUCAUGGUUGAAAGGCAUGGGAAAGUUUACUGCCACCAUGGCUUGCCAGCCAUGGCGCAAACUGUGAGCAAGAGAAAUGGGAACCAUGGCAGACAGUUCCAUGGGUGUUCAAAGUGGAAGGUUAGUUUGAAUUUUUUGCAAAAAACACAAAAGCACAGAAAAAAUACGAUUGAGCAAAAUCAAACACAACCAUCACACACAUUCACUUCAAGCACAAACAUUUUUUUAAGCAAUUAAUCUUCCACACAUGUUUCAGACCCCUUUAAUUUCAUCUAACUUAACCCUAAUUAUCGCACAUUAGAGAAUUACCCAAAUUAAAAAAAAAACAAUGUAAGCAAAC